AUGGGAGGCGAGGUGAUAGCUAUGAUUUUUGAGGGUAUUAUAGCAAUGGCGGUAGUAUCAUUAAAUCUCUUCAUGGUUAUCGUGAUUCUACGAUUCCGAAUUUUACGUGAAGACGUCUCACUGUCACUACUGUUAUAUCUAUUAAUUUCUGAAGGCCUCUUUGCCGCCAUGAUGAUCGCCGUUUGCGUUUACCAAAUUAUCAUCUACCAGUCAGGACUUGAUACCGUAGUCGUGCCUCAGAAUUGGUGUCUGCGCACCAUAUUCCCGCCGCUGAUGAUCUGGGCCAAUUUGUUUAUUCCCUACUGUGACGCGCUGAUCGGGGUUGAAAAGUUGCUGUUCGUCGUCGCCCCCAGUUUCUACCGGACCCUCAGCCAUCACCAUGUGCAUCGAUUUAUGUUUUGCCUUGUGCUGCUCGACGUUGUCGUAGUCGCUGGCUUCAUCGUCCAUUGGAGCCAAGUGGAAAAUAUAAAAUCCUCAAUAGUCUGCUCAAACUCCGGAUAUCCUGCGCUCGUCCUCCAAACAGAAUCUGCCGUCAAUAUUGUCGUGCUCACGUUUGGAGCGCUCUGCUAUUUACCUGUAAUUGCCCAAAUUAAAAAGUUUGUCAGCCAAGCCCGUUCGAACGUCUCCUCAACAAAUCGUCAGUUCUAUGCUAAUUUUGUGCGUGCUGUUAAAUGGACUAGUAACACUGUA